GCAAAUUAUAUACAUAUAUAAAAAUAAACACUUUGCAACUUUAUGCCACACGCUCGCAAAUACCAACGUGGUGUUUUUCUCGCUUAACUUGACCUCGAGCUGCAAUUUAAAAUUAAAGUGGACAACAAAUGGCUGGCUCGGCGCUGCGUCGCCUGAUGGCGGAAUACAAACAGUUAACAUUGGACCCGCCGGAGGGCAUUGCCGCUGGACCCAUCAGCGAGGACAAUUUCUUUGAAUGGGAGGCGCUAAUUGCCGGACCCGAGGGCACCUGCUUCGAGGGCGGCGUGUUUCCCGCCCGUUUGGUCUUUCCACCCGACUAUCCACUAAGUCCACCUAAAAUGAAAUUCACUUGUGAUAUGUUUCAUCCAAACAUCUUUGCCGAUGGCCGCGUCUGCAUAUCAAUACUUCACGCCCCUGGCGAUGAUCCCAUGGGCUACGAGCUCUCCGCCGAGCGCUGGAGCCCUGUUCAGAGUGUUGAGAAGAUACUCCUGAGUGUGGUCAGCAUGCUGGCGGAACCGAACGACGAGAGUGGCGCCAAUGUGGAUGCGGCUAUCAUGUGGCGGGAGCGAAGGGACGAGUUCAAUCGGAUCGCACAGCGAUUGGUACGCAAGACACUCGGCUUAUCCGCAUAAGAGCGACCACAGCGACUGAUCCCCAGACACAAAUAUUAAUCAAAAACCCAGCAGCAACAACAACAGCAUCAAAAAAACAAAACAACCACAGCAACAAUCUGCAAAAAUCGAAAAAGAAGUAGGGAGUAAAGCGAAAAGGUCACGAAGGAGGAGGAAGACGCACAUAAAACCCAACACGCGCACGAUCAAGGACCACUACCCACUGCAUACCAUUAAAACUACUCGAAGGGAAUCGAAGCAACCAGCUGGAGAGAGUUGAAAGCAAAUCGAUCACUAAUACACUUCCUCCAUAGUGCGUGUGUGUGUGUGCGUGAGAGUGUGUGUGUGUGUGUGUGUAUCGAUAUAUGUGUGCGCUUGCAUGGAGCUAGUGGCAUGGUUGCGUGCAAAUUUUCAAAAUUGAAAGAUCAACGUGAAAAUAGAAA